AACCAAACCAACGUCUUCCACACCCUCGACAGACAUGGACUCGUACGACGCCGAGAAAGCCGCCGAGCUCAAGCGCAGGCGCACCUUCCGCAAGUUCUCCUACAGGGGCUACGAGCUCGAUGCGCUCCUCGACAUGUCGACCGAGGACUUCAUCAAGCUCGUCCACGCCCGCGCCCGCAGACGCUUCUCGCGCGGCCUCAAGCGCAAGCCCAUGGGCCUGAUCAAGAAGCUUCGCAAGGCCAAGAAGGAGGCCCCGGCAAAUGAGAAGCCGGCCAUCGUCAAGACGCACCUCCGCGACAUGCUCGUCGUGCCCGAGAUGUGCGGCAGCCAAAUCGGUGUCUACAGCGGAAAGGUCUUCAACACCGUCGACAUCAAGCCAGAGAUGAUCGGCCACUACCUCGGUGAGUUGAAAGCUUUUGAGCAAGAGGCAGGUCAGAUGAUGUUCGGGAGAGAGGCGAGAGUGUCGGACGAACGGAAUUAGCGAGAAGAAACACCCGGCAGUGGGGGAGAAGAGAAGAAAUUGGAUACUACCCACAGGAGGAUGAGCUUCCGGUCUUCUGAUGGAAGGCUUGCGCAGAAGUAGCUUUGCAGAAGAAUGUGCCUGCUGUUGGGUGGGCCCAUCUUACUUGUGCCGGGCUUUGACGGGAACGGACACGGAGAACAAGGGAGCCCCUACGAAUGUGAAGAGCAAGGUGCUAAUACUUCUCUCACUUUCAGGCGAGUUCUCCAUGACCUACCGCCCUACUUCGCACGGCCGCGCUGGACUCGGUGCCACCUCGAGCCGCUUCAUCCCUCUCAAGUAAAGGCGAGAUGGACACAAAAAAUAUUACUGUCUUUCUCCC